AUGCGUGUUGUCAGUCAGCUGUGUAUUUCCAUAAUUGCCGUGUGAUGUUAGUUUGUGCGCAGUCUGUGUGGAGUUGCACAACAGAUUGGAAGAUGUUUGUCGAAGAUGCUUGUGAAGAACUUUGCACUAUUAGCAAAGACUCACAUGUGUGAGUCUGACAAACAGGAAGAGUGCAACACAUGCUCUGUCAAAUCUGUGAUAAAGCACAGUUUAUGGAAAUCUUUUUUUAAAUAAUUUAUGUUUUUAUUGCAGAGUGACUCUGGAACAAGAAUGGCAGCGCGUCUCGAACCUCAAGUCAUGCGUUAACUUUUAAAAUCAGUCAUGGAGGAGCUGGACCCGGAGGAGCAGUUCCUCAGGGAUUCUAGGAACGGCAACCUAGAAGGAAUCCAAAAGCUUUUGAUGUCCAAGAUAAAGGAGGAGGCCAAAAUCGACAUCAACUGCAAGGGCAAGAGCAAAUCUAAUCAUGGAUGGACUCCUCUUCAUCUGGCCUGCUACUUUGGACACAGAGAUGUUGUUGAGGCCUUACUGAAGGCUGGAGCAGAUGUUAAUUUGCCAAAUAAUGUCGGAGACACACCUCUCCAUAAAGCAGCAUUCACUGGGAGAAAAGAGGUUGUAAUGUUGCUUCUUCAGUACGACGCUUGCGCUUCUGUCAUCAAUGGCAUGGCCCAGAUACCUAAAGACAUUACCCAGAGUGCUGAGAUUAAAAGCAUGUUGGAGGCUGCUGAGAGGACUGAAGAGAGGAAACUAGAGGAGCAGCUGCUGGAGGCGGCGCGGGAAGGAGCCAUAUCUACCCUCACAAGACUGCUAAACAUGAAGAAACCCCCAAACAUAAGCUGCACAGACUUGUUGGGCAACACGCCGCUGCACUGCACCGCUUACAGAGGCCAGAAACAGUGCGCCGUCAAACUCCUGCAACACAAGGCCAACCCCAACAUCAAGAACAAAAUCGAUCAGACUGUUUUUGAUUUGGCGAACGAUGCAGAAAUGAAGCAGAUCAUUACAGGAAAUGUUAUGAAAGGUAUGACGCGACAUGUUAAAAUGUUCGAGGGGCCUCUUUGGAAGAGCUCAAGGUUUUUUGGCUGGCGCUCCUACUGGGUAGUUCUUCUGGAUGGAGUCUUGUCAUGGUACCCUAAACGGUCAGAUGCAGAUUCAAACACUCACCGGCAAGGUUGCAAACCGCUAACACAAGCGCAGAGCUUGAUUAAAGCGAAAGAUAACUGCUAUUUCACAGUCAGGUGCUUUGAUGACACUGUUCACCAUUUCAAAGUGUCACAGAAGAACGACCCCGAAUCCACCAGAAAACGGGCUGAGGCGUGCCAUCAGAAACUGGAGACGGAGGUGUUGGCCCUCCUGUCCAUGGUGAAAGAAGAUGGCCUGGCGGAACCAGUCGUUCAGAAGCUGAAGGAGGUCUGUGAAGCCUCCAGUGAAACCUGCUCCUCACUGCACCAGUGUCUGGGGCUGUUUUCCAAACAGGAAGGAGCACGCAGUUUGAAACUGGAGCAGGAGCUGGAGAAGAAUAAAAUCCUGUCGGAGGCUCUGCAGACGCUGGCCACGGAACAUCAUGAGCUGGAGCAGUCGGUGGUUAAAGGCUCGUCGCCCCGCAGCGUCCUCAGCGAAGACGAGUUCCACGACGCUCUGUCUGAUUCGGACUCUGAGCCCGCGCUGAGCAGUUGUGAGAAAGCCGGCCAUUCGUACGAAGACGGAGAGGACUUCAAUUCCGAGCUCUACUGCAGCAUCUCAAGUCAUCUCAGCGGCAGGAUGUCCCGGGAAGACCGUCGUGGAGAGGAAGAGGACGAUGAUGAGGUGGCCAGUGUUAACGGAGUGAGGAAACGCAGUAAACGAAUGUAUGUGUUUUCUAUCCAGUGUGUGGCCGCGUUUGCCGUAUCAGCUGUGGCGUCUCAGUGGGAAAGGACGGGUAAACCCUUCAACCCCCUACUAGGAGAAACGUAUGAGUUAGUCAGGGAUGAUCUUGGUUUCCGGCUGAUAUCAGAACAAGUGAGCCACCAUCCUCCCGUCAGCGCCUUCCAUGCAGAGGGUUUGCAGAAGGACUUUGUGUUUCAUGGCUCCAUCUACCCCAAACUGAAGUUCUGGGGCAAAAGUGUGGAGGCCGAACCUAAGGGCAUCAUCACUCUAGAACUUCCCAAGCAUAAUGAGGCAUACACAUGGACGAACCCCACGUGUUGUGUCCACAACAUCAUCGUGGGACAGCUGUGGAUCGAACAGUACGGCAGUGUGGAGGUUAUCAACCACAGAACUGGUGAAAAAUGCUGUCUGAGUUUCAAACCGUGUGGGCUUUUUGGGAAGGAAUUACAUAAGGUUGAAGGCUACAUCCUGGACAAGAGCAAAAAGAAAGUGUACAAUCUUUAUGGGAAAUGGACGGAAUGCAUGUACAUAGUUGACCCAGCUACAUUUGAAACCCACAGGAAGAAUGAUAAGAAAGCAUCAGAAGACAAGAAAAGCAGUAAACAGUCAUCAGACUCAGAAGAAACACCUCAGCUAGAUGGAGAUUCACUAGAGGUUAUUCCAGGAAGUCAGUUGCUCUGGAGAAUAGCACCUAGACCAGUAAACUCUGCCCAGAUGUACAACUUCACUACAUUCGCAAUGCAGCUCAAUGAGCUGGACAAAGAGAUUGAAGUGGUCAUCCCAAAAACGGACAGCAGACUGAGGCCGGACAUACAAGCCAUGGAGAAUGGAGACAUCGACCUGGCCAGUGAGGAGAAGAAGAGAUUGGAGGAGAAACAGAGGGCGGCACGUAAGAACCGCUCUAAGUCGGAUGAUGAGUGGAAGAUGAGAAACGUCACCUCUGGCCCCAGGUGGUUUCAUCAAGGUCCAAAUCCACACAACGGCUCUCAGGACUGGCUGUUCUCCAAUGGCUACUGGGACCGUGAUUAUUCCCAAUUACCAGACAUCUACUGACCUACAGGAAACAAUUGUAUAGUCAAGACUACCCAAAAUGUAACUAUAAAACUGUGCACCCUGUGCUGGUUGGCCAGGUGAACAUUCAAAUAUCAUAAAUAAUACACCGUUUCAAGAGAGAACUUUAAUUUAAGCUUACUGAAUUUAGUUUUACACGGUUUCAUAUUUAAAUGCAUAUGUAAUAACCAAGGGUUUUAGGAACUACAGAUUGUGACAUAUAAAAGAUGAUAAUCACAAGUUGGGCUUGAUAUAGUAAUAUCAGUGUACUGUAAUAGCAAUAAUGGUUCUGAUUUAGUCUUAUGAAAAAUGUCUUAUGAAUUUUUUUUUUUUUAAGAUCUGUUAACAGUUGUAGAUUUUGGGUGCUCCCCAAGGCUCAAGUCUGAGUCUGUUUUGUUUUCGGUUCAUUGGCUUAAAAAUUAACUUGGCAUUUCUUGAGUUGGAACAUUCCCACUGUGUUGAGUGUGGAAUGUGGUAUUAAACAACUGGUUGUGAAAAUGACAAAUUCAGAGUUUCUAUUCUCCACGUACAAUACAGUAUUAGGACAGUGUGUCUAUUUCUGCUGCUCUUUUUGUUGUGAUGUUGAUUUUUAUUUAGAGAGAUGCCUCUGCGGUGUUACUAAUAUAUUGAUUAAUGUCGUUUGUUAUAUUAUAAUAUAACAAUCUUAUUUAAAUUAUGCAUUUAUCAUGAGUUAGUUAUUCAUCUAUUUUUACAUUUUUAAAGUAUAAAGGUGGUCAGAAACAUGAAGCGGUACUGACCAUUUGAUGCGGUCUACUCUUAACCCCAUUAUCAGUUUAUUUUCUGUGUGUGUUACAUGUGUGUGUAUAUUUUCUUAUCAAAACAAAAGUGCCUACAGAUGAUGAGCAGAAUAAUUCUGUGCAUAAAAGGCAUUAAAUAUUGUAUUUAGAUCUAUAUCUAAAAAAUAAAAACCUA